CAAAGCCCAGACAAACCUUGCGAACUCCAGUUCGUGGAUCUGUCGUUGCUACGAUCUCUUCUGUGCCCGGUUUUCUUGUUGCUCCAUAAGACGCAUGUCUUCGGAAAAGGACUCGAAGUUACCAUCCUCGACUGGUGACAAAUUUGAUUAUUUGCAACAGCUGACGCCAGGGUCAACGGAUUAUGACCAUUAUGCCAUCAUUUAUACUGAUCGCAAUGGCAAAGUUCGGCUUCAAACUUCUCCAUCAAUUGCGAAUAGCUGCCAGACCAUCCUAUCCCCCAUCGUUAUGGAGAACUUUCUGGAAGCAGUGGCACUAUCGAACAAAGACAGCGUGAUCCCCGGUCCAAACCCCAUCCACGGAUCGCCUUCGGCCAGAGGAAGAAGCCCGCUGUCGCCACAGUCGCUUGGGACAGGAGAGGUCAACGACGUGACGGACCAGGACGAUGUAAAGGCAUCGGAGCAAAGAGGCACAGCUGAACAGGUGCCUACUGAUCAUGGCCGUCAGGCAAAAAGGAGGAAACUGUUUCAUGAAUGCGUAGUGCCACUGAACAUCAGUUGCCAUCAGAAAGCCAUGUUGCCGCUCCGAGACAGGAGGCUUCUGCGAAGAUACUAUCAAAAAGCGUUCGAAAGCGUGCAGCAAAUCAACUGUCGAACCAUCGCUAAAGCAUAUGUCAAACUUGUCGAGCCCCGAAAGCAAGUUAAUUAUCCUUAUAACGGGCGAAAGCUUAUCGCUGGUAUCUCUCGACAACUUGACCCAGAGAUGACAAAGCCAGCCUGGUGGCCACAUGGUGUCACACAUAGAGAGCCCGACCAUCUUCCCAAAGCGCAGAGAGUUCGAUUGCUUGUACACAUUCUCUGCGAGCUCCGCGACAGCCGUGGCAUCACCGUCGCGAAGCUUAGAGAGGCCGAUCAAUCCAUCCGCCGUCAGAUUUCACCACCGGACCGUCUGGGGGUCCUGGACGAGAUCUAUCGCGUCCGAGAAGAAGAGGAGAGUUACCUGGACGACCAUCUCGACGAACAAGCAGUUGUGUAUAUCUCUCGAGCCCACUUGCCGGAUGAGAUAGACCCGAAGGAUGCUGGUUCUCCCACGGCAGAAGCGAUGAACGCAGACGUGAACCCAGUUUACAAGCGAGAGUGUUAUGACAUGGAGUCCCACACAUCGGUCUUUCCGUCAACAGGGGCAUUUUUCACCAGUCAUACUGAUACCUGCCCCUCCGCAGCACUACCGACUCCCAGGAUACCGAAGGACGUCCACGAAGACAAAGGGGAACAUCCGUUCUCUGUAAGCAUCCCAUCAGCUCAUACCUUCCACCAUGCUCCUCCACCUGUCCCGUUAAACUUUCACGCCUUUCCUCUGCGAUUUUAUCAUGAACCGAAUGUCAGUCAAGGGCAGCAAGAUCAGCAUGGGCCCGGCAUGGGUGUUGCUGGCCAUGGUAUGCAGAGUUGUCCAAACCCAUACUACUUGUACUUUUGACGUCUGAUUCUUGGGCGGCUGAUGACGCUAUUUUCAAUUUGUCAUUGGGGAGGAUAUUCUGGUUGCUUCAUUUCGGUUCUUGUGGAUUAUUAUUUGGCGGGCGAUUUGAUACAAGUCAAAGCGCAUAUUCUUGUUCAUCAAUG